UCCUUGAAGAACCCAUCGAAAUGAACCGGACCAGGAUCAUCUCGCAUUCUGACAUCUUGCAAUGUGAUGUCACAUCACCGAAGCGUGCGUGUCAGGUUUGGAAGCAUUGCCCUUUUGUACCGCUCGGUGGCGCCAAAGCCUGAUGUCGCGAUUCCGCUACCAUAGGAUCUAACUUACUGUCAGUGGCCGAAUCUUCCGCUAGUUGCCCGCCGGUAGGCUAGCUGCUCGCGGAUAGGCGCCAUUCGCGCAAGCUGCGCGCCCGUACGGCUCAUUCGUGCUAGCAACACGGCGAUAGGCCUAGCUGCGCGCCGAUAGGCCUAGCUGCGCGCCGAUAGGCCUAGCUGUGCGCCGAUAAGGCCCGGUCGCGAUGGGGCGCACGGUGGUGGCGGACGAGGCGGCGAUCCAGCGCCACGCGGACAGGCUCUUUCGCGAGAAAGCGACGUGGGAGCUGGGUCUGCUCAUCGGCCGCUCCAACACCGUUCUCCAAUCCUUGUCCGCCGCAUCCGCCGCCGCAUCUGGCGCUUCCCGCGAUUUCGUCUUCGCGCUCGUGCCGUCGCCUGAUGCCCAUGAGGACGCGUCUCUGGCCGGCAAUCUCCAGGAAGGUGCAGCGAAGGGCGGCAGAGACAAGAGCGGAUCAGGCGCGAGCGAGUGCGUGAAUGUGGAUGGCGACUGGGUGGCGGAACACGCGCUACAGGUGUCUCGGCUGCUGCUGGGUGGCACGGCAGUGCUGGGGAUGUACGUGUUCUGCUCCGAUGCGGCGUACAAGAACGCCUUGCCGUCGCUGCUGCAGGCCCUUCACUCUCUCUCGGCCUCACUCACUCCGCCCUCCUCUCUCGCGGCCCUCCUCCCCCCCGCCCCCUCGGACCACCUUCUGCUGCACAUCUCCUCCACCACCAGACGGUCCACAGCCCGGGCCAUCGACCCAUCAUCGCUCUCAGCGCCUGUCAUCACUCCGUGUGACUUUAAGCUCGCUCCCAUCCCGUCUCCAAUCCUCGUCUCCUCAACUGUCCCCGUCCAAGCCCUAGUACCAGUGAUCACCCGCCCUUCAACCCCCCCACCCUCCUCCUCUUCCUCCGAUUCCCCCUCCCCUCCUCCUCCCGCCUCCCUCUCACCUCCCUCGGUGCGAGCAGCAGCAGCAUGUGCGUUGAGGCACAUCGCCCGGCAGAUGGAUAGAGGCAUGGCGUUCGUGGAUGGCAUGAUGAUGGAGGGGGGGGACGUGGUGGGGGGAGACAGCAAUCCAAGAGGGGGGGCGGGGAAGGCAGGGAAGGGGGGUGGAGGAAAAGGGGGGAAGGGCGGGAAGAAGGGGGGAGGAAAGGGGGGGAAAGGGGGAGGGGGGAGGGGUGGGGAGGAGGUGGCAUCUGAGGGGGGCACUCACGUGCGUGUGGACUGGGCACUACCGCCUUCCUGGAACGUUCCUCCUCAAGAUGGCCUCAAGGACGGCAGGGUGCACGGCAUGGUGUCGCUGGCCGGCCGUGUGCUCGCCCUGUGCCUCGCCAUGCCCAGAGACCCCUUCUCCAGAGUGCUGCACGACCUCAAGGCCGAUGCCCUUCGCAGUGUUGUGAGUCGUCUAGACUUGGUGCAAGAAGGGGAGGAGGAGCAGGCGGAGAGGGGGGGAGGGAAGAGUGGGGAGAGAGGGGGAGGGGAGACAGAGACGGGUGGAGAAAUGAAGGGGAAGGAAGACGAGGGGGAGGGGGUGGAGGAGGAGGAGGAGAUGGAUGAGAGCCGGUUGCUCACCGCAAAUCUGCACAGAUUGCCCUUCACCAGGUGGAACCUGCCCCGGAGGGUGCUACUACACUGCGCUGUAGCUGUAGGGGGAGGAGUGAAGGGAGGCGGCAAGGAGGGCGGGGAGGAGGUGGAAGGGGAAGGGGGCUUGCUGCUCGCAGACUACUGUGAGGAGGGCGAAGAAGUGGAGGCAACAGAGCAGCGGUGCAGUGAGCCGUGUGCGAUGGUGGCAGCGGCAGAUGGGCCGAUGAGGGAGGAGCGCAUAGGGGUGGAGCGGAAGGGGCAGGGCCACAGACCAGAAACGUGUUCCGCAUUAUCCAUCCCUCAACCCCCCACAGGCAGCAGAGCAGCGGUGCGGGGAGCUGUGUGCAAUGGUGGCAACAGCAGAUGGGGCGAUGAGGGAGGAGGGCAUCGGGGUGGAGUGGGGGGGGCAGCAGGAGGGGGAAGGGGGGGAGCAGAGGCGCAUGGAGGGCAGUGCUGCAGCUGCUGUGUGGCACCCCCCUGGAACCACGCUUUCAAAGCCACGCACCAGCACCCGCAGUGGCAGCAGCAGCAGUGGCAGUGGCAGUGCAGCCAAGAGUGCGUUACAAGUAGGGGCAGGGGAGACGGCUUCAGCUGGAAUGGGAGUGCCGCUGAUGCUGGCUGUGCUGGGGGCGCUGCUGGCCCUUGUUGCUGCGCUGGUGCUCGCCGUCAGAUGAACAUUUUCUCCAGAAGAAUUCGAAUGUGACUUGGUGGCAAGCUGGGAACAAUCACGCAUGCAACGCAACCAAUCCAAAUCUUUCAUUACUGCCCGCCAGGCCUCUCGUCGCUACUCUCUCCAAGGCUACUGGGUGUCUGACCAGUGGAAGGGAACCAGGCUUUUCGCAAGUGCCCCGAAAUAUGGCAACCAGUGGAAGGUCUUCUUUCCAAGCAAUUACA